UGGAAGUCCCGCCCCUUUGCUCAUCAGGCGGUCCUGCGCAGCGUUAUUUUGCUGAAUGGCACUUUAACAUCCAGGAAUUUAAAAAAUACAACAAUGAGCGGCCGGAUUAUGCACGCGGCUCGAUGCCCAACAGAGGAGCUGUCGUUGACUAACUGUGCCGUUAUCAGUGAGAAGGAACAACAGUUUGAGCAACAUGUGACUGUACGCAAUUUAACCCACAAGUACGUGUUCACCUUGAAGACACAUUCAAGUGUUGUUCCCGGAACCAUCGCUUUCAGUCUGCCACAGAGGAAAUGGGCAGGACUGUCGAUUGGCCAGGAGGUUGAAGUAACCAACUACAAGUUUGACAAAUCCAAACAGUGUGUCAGUACCAUGACAGUAGAAAUAGACUUCCUGCAGAAGAAGAAUGCGGACAGCAACGCUUAUGAUUCAGACAAGAUGGCCACGCAGUUCAUCCAGCACUUCAACAACCAGGCCUUCAGUGCUGGCCAGCAGCUGGUGUUUAGCUUCUGUGAUAAGCUGUUUAACGUGGUGAUAAAAGACAUCGAGGCCAUGGACCCCAGCAUCCUUAAGGGUGAACAUACAAGUGGGAAGAAGCAGAAGAUUACCAUUAGUUUGUUGCUGGGAAACAGCCAGGUGAUUUUUGAGAAAGCUGAGAGCUCAUCGAUGACUCUGAUUGGCAAAGCAAAGACCAGAGAAUCACGUCAGUCCAUCAUCAGCCCAGACUGGAACUUUGAGAGGAUGGGUAUCGGCGGCUUAAAGGAGUUUUCGGACAUCUUCCGCAGAGCGUUCGCCUCCAGAGUCUUUCCUACAGACAUAGUUGAACAGAUGGGCUGUAAGCAUGUGAAGGGAAUCCUGUUGUACGGACCCCCAGGAUGUGGUAAAACCCUGAUGGCACGACAAAUUGGCAAAAUGCUUAAUGCCCGGGAGCCAAAGAUUGUCAAUGGCCCAGAGAUUCUCAACAAGUACGUCGGGGAGUCUGAGGCCAACAUCAGGAAAUUGUUUGCAGAUGCAGAGGAGGAACAGAAGAAGCUUGGCGCCAACAGCGGCCUUCAUAUUAUAAUAUUUGAUGAGAUUGAUGCGAUCUGUAAGCAGCGUGGCAGUCUGGCUGGAAGCACCGGAGUUCACGACACUGUAGUCAACCAGCUGCUGUCCAAGAUAGAUGGAGUGGAGCAGCUCAACAACAUCCUAGUCAUAGGUAUGACCAACAGGCCCGAUCUGAUAGAUGAGGCCUUGCUGAGACCAGGUAGACUGGAGGUGAAGAUGGAGAUUGGGCUACCUGAUGAAAAAGGACGCGUGCAGAUCCUCAAUAUUCACACUGCAAAGAUGCGUCAGUUUAAACUGUUGGCCAAGGACGUGGACAUUCAGGAGUUGGCAGUGGAGACCAAGAACUUCAGCGGGGCCGAGCUCGAGGGCCUGGUCAGGGCUGCACAGUCCACUGCCAUGAACAGACAUAUUAAGGCCAGUAACACAGUGCAGGUAGAUCUAGAGACGGCAGAGAAGAUGCAGGUCAGCAGACAUGACUUCUUGGCGUCACUCAACAACGACAUUAAGCCUGCAUUUGGUACCAACCAGGAGGACUAUGCCAGCUACAUAAUGAACGGCAUAAUCCGAUGGGGCGACCCAGUGUCAGCAGUGCUGGAGGACGGGGAACUGCUGGUGCAGCAGACAAAGAACAGUGACCGUACACCACUGGUUUCUGUGCUGCUGGAAGGUCCACCUAACAGUGGAAAGACAGCACUCGCAGCUAAGAUCUCUGAAGAAUCCCAGUUCCCCUUUAUCAAGAUCUGCUCCCCUGACAAGAUGAUCGGACACUCAGAGAUUGCCAAAUGUCAAGCUAUUAAAAAGAUAUUUGAUGAUGCCUACAAGUCCCAGUUGAGCUGCGUGGUUGUAGAUGACAUCGAACGGUUGUUGGACUACGUCCCCAUUGGCCCUCGUUUCUCCAACCUGGUGCUCCAAGCGUUACUGGUUCUACUGAAGAAGCCCCCUCCAAAGGGUCGUAAGCUGCUGAUCAUCGGCACCACGAGUCGUAAAGACGUGCUUCAGGAAAUGGAGAUGCUCGAUGCUUUCAGCACCACCAUCCACAUUCCCAACAUUUCAAGUGGGGAGCAGCUGGUUGAAGCCCUGGAGUUGCUGGGCAGUUUCCAGGAGAAAGAGAGAGCCAGGAUAGCUAAGGCUGUGAAGGGCCAAACCCUGUGGAUUGGUAUAAAAAAGCUGCUAAUGAUCAUUGAAAUGGCUGCACAGAUGGAUCCUGAAUAUAGAGUUAGCAAGUUUCUGAGUCUGCUGAAGGAUGAAGGAGCACUGGGUUCUAAUAAGCUUAUGGUGAUGUAGAGUGGGCGGAGCCAUAUAGCAGCAAAGAGGCUUCCUUCGAUGGUAAGACUGGUCCCCAGCAGGUUAUUUGGUCACAUUUUCUCCUCACGUUUCCUGUCACGAGCGAGCUGAGAAAUCAACAUUCUGCAAACUCAGUUCGGUUUAACGAAAUAGAAACUUUAGUUUUUUUUUUCUUGGAAUCUAAUGGCAGUUAUACUAACAAAUGUCAUGCCAGGAAUUAUGUUAUAGAAAAUGACAAAAAUUCAAAGAAUACUAAAAGAAAUCAGUUCACUAGAGAAAUGACUUCAAAUAAAAAUUAAUUUGACUGUAUCAAGAAACUAUAACAUCAAACAUUGAAAUAGUUUUGUUGGUGUAUGAUUAAAAUUUUUUUUGACAACAUAAAGAUACAUAGCUAACUUAUUUAAAACAUGCCUCAGAGGAAGCAGCUACACAACCUGAUGAAAGCUUUUUGACUUGCAGCGAGACUUUUGCUUUUCAUCACAGAUUUAUGGUAUAGUCGGCACAAUGUGCGACUAAAACUACACGGACUAGACGGGGGCUCUCUUGGGGCAGCGUCUCUCCUUUGCCUGCCUGUCUCUUCUCACUUUUGUGUCUCUUCACUCAGUUGCUGAGGAACAGCAGUCUGAAAGAGGCUGGCAGGAGGACGCAAACCAGAUAGUUUUCAUCUGUCUGCAUCCUUCUUUCCAUCCCAGAAGCUUCAGGCUUCGGUCUGUACCGCAGCUUCAGACAACCUCAUCCUCUGUGUGAAAAUAAAAUAAGCAGUGUUUUGAGGUACCUGGACAUCAAAGUGUGUUAACAUUUGGUUCCAUUUUUUUAAAUGUUUGUUUAAAAUCAGAGUUGAUAGAGAUGGACUUCAGACUGGAGAUGAAACAUGAUGAGCACGCAUGCAUUCAGUAACACUAAAUAUAUGAUGCCAUUUCUUAAUAUCAACCUUACCUGCUUGCAUAGACUAUACCUGAUGGUGAUGCAGAAAUGUUCAUGUUUAAUUUCACAAAA